AUGAUUAAAUCCGGAGUUUCGCUUCUGCUGCUGUGGUCGCUGUGCUCGACCGGAGGCAUAGGACCCAGCAGUGCUACUACACCCGAUCUAAAUACGCCCAAUCUCAAUGGCAGGGAACCAAAUACUAAUAGGGCGGAAGAAGGGUCAGGCGCAAGUUUAAAAUGGUUAAUGGCGGAGAGGAGAGAAAACAUUGGCGAGGCUGGAAACCCGCCAUACAAAAGACAAAGACGAACGAAGGCUAUGGAUCCGGUCCUCUUGACGACACCGGCACCGAUUCCAUGGGAUACGCCCAUCUUGAAAAAACACAGACUACAGGCCCGACAAGACGACGACGACGAUGACCGCCCUCCACCACCACCACCUGGUGCACCACCGCCGGGACCGCCGCCUGGACCGCCGCCGCCGUGUCUCCCCGGAGUAUCAAACGACAUCGCGAUCAGUGUUUCGUUCAGCGUAGCGCGCGACGUGUCGUCCCAGUUCCAGGCGUCACUCGCGACCGUCAUGGUAUCCGCAUCGAGCGCCAUCGAGGCCGCGCAAAAAUCUGGCUUCGCCGCCGGACUCGCGUCAGCUACCGCGACGAACGGGGCUUCCGCAACCGCGGAGCCAACUACGACAGGUGACCCGGGCACAAUAGCAGAUCUCCAGGCGAGUUACAGUAGGGCUAUAGAGGAAGCACAAGCUGUGGCUAGUAGUAGUGCGCAGGCCGCAGUGGAGGCCGCCAGUGCUAGCGCAAGCGCUGCCAUGGCCGCAUGCGGUGGCUCAAGCCUUACGCCGGGACAAAUCGGCGGUAUCGUCAUAUCCAUGGCGGCCGUGACUUCGAUUCUUUCCGCCCUGGCUACUUUCUUCUUCAUGCGCCGGAACGCUAAGAAGCAAGAGUUCAAAAGCAAAUACGACCCCGACUCGCCGCCUGACUCCAGGCAUGAGAACCUCAUUGCGCCAUCCGGUUUGGCCCCCAAAGAGGUGACAUCCUCCGGCCAGGUGUUCGGAGCCGCAGUCACAACCAAGGGCCACCAACGAGCCGCGACGUUAGGCGCCAAUUUCGCGCCCGACAUGAAGCAGAGGCCGCCAGACUCUCAGCACCCAGCAAUGUCGUAUAGCGUGCGGCCCCUAUCCGAUGGGGGCAAUCCCAUCUUCCCCGUAUCUCCUUUGAGUACUGUGAAGGAACAGAGCCUCGCAAACCGGGACAGUUCGCUGUUCGAAAACAGGCACAUGCCCUUCCCCGACGUAGAUGAUCCGAGUUGGUCAGAGAUGCCUACGGUUCAGCUAUCGCUCGCGCGCAAGCCAAGCCGCACAGGCGGACAGCGCGUGCAACUUGUUCGCGUUGGCAGCGAGCGAUCGGCAAGGGAACGAUCUGAGUCGUUGUCCAGCCCGCUGGCGUUGAACCCCAUAUACACGGAGCCAAUGGACUCGACCAUACAUACAGCAAAAGAUGGCGAGAACAUCUCUACACCACCACAAGCGUCUUCCCCGUUACAAGUCCAGGCACCGAUUCCGAGGCGACCUGUUGAUUACGGUUCCCUCGAGAACGGCACGGGUUCUCGUACUCUUGUGUAGUUCACUUCUUAAAACAUAAAAAUCAGUAGACCAAAUAGUAAAAAUAGUAAAGACCGUAAUGACCCAACCGGAAAUUUAGCGUGACGUCUUUAAGUAAGGGAUCUGUUAAUCAGCAGCAUGGUGUUCGUUGGUAACAAGCUCUCCCGGGUUUCGGGGGCCAGCCAACACCACGACUAAACAUUCUCAACGAUUACUAGCUGUUCUUUAUGCUGGUUUUUUUUAUAGGGUGGUUGUAAUAGGCCAACAUAUGUAAUUAUUUUCUUCUUCUUCUGUAGCUUCUGCUC